AGAAAUUCCUCCUCUUUCCAGGAUGGCACCAGACAGCGGAGGGAGAGGAAGAAAACUGUUUCCUUCAGCAGCAUGCCGACAGAAAAGAAGAUCAGCAGUGCCAGCGAUUGCAUCAAUUCCAUGUGUGAGGGCUCCGAACUCAAAAAGGUUCGCUCCAAUUCCAGAGUUUAUCAGCGCUACUUUCUUUUGGAUGCAGACAUGCAGUCUCUCAGAUGGGAACCUUCAAAGAAGGAAUUAGACAAGGCAAAGAUUGACAUAAAGUCCAUCAAAGAAGUACGAGUAGGAAAAAAUACGGAUAUAUUUCGCACCAAUACAGUUUAUGAUCAGAUUUCAGAAGACUGUGCAUUUUCAAUAAUAUAUGGAGAUAAUUAUGAGUCAUUGGAUCUUGUGGCCAAUUCAGCAGAUAUAGCAAAUAUUUGGGUUACAGGCUUACGGUACUUGAUCUCAUAUGGGAAGCACACACUAGACAUGAUAGAGAGCAGGCAUGAUAGCAUGCGGACAUCAUGGCUUUCAGAUAUCUUUGUGGAAGCAGAUACAAACUAUGUAGGACACAUAACAUUAAAUAGAGCCGUACAACUUAUUAAAACUAUGAACCCUGGACUGAAAACCACCAAAAUUGAAUUAAAAUUCAAAGAAUUGCACAAAUCAAAAGAGAAGGGGGGAACUAAUGUGAUCAAAGAGGAACUCAUAGAAGUUUAUCAUGAGCUGUGCACGAGACCUGAAAUAUAUUUUUUGUUAGUCCAGUUUUCGAGCAAUAAAGAAUUUCUAGAUUCCAAGGACAUGAUGAUGUUUUUGGAGGCAGAGCAGGGAAUACCACACCUGACAGAACAAGUAAGCAUGGAUAUUAUUCAGAAAUAUGAGCCAUCAAAAGAAGGACAGAAAAAAGGUUGGCUUUCCUUAGAUGGCUUUACCAAGUACCUCAUGUCACCUGAAUGCCAUAUAUUUGAUCCUGAGCACAAGAAGGUCUGUCAGGAUAUGACACAGCCUGUGUCUCAUUAUUACAUUAAUGCAUCUCAUAACACUUACUUGAUUGAGGACCAGUUCCGAGGUCCUUCAGAUAUCACUGGAUACAUUCGUGCUUUGAAAAUGGGAUGUCGAAGUAUUGAGCUGGAUGUUUGGGAUGGACCAGAUAAUGAACCAGUCAUCUACACAGGCCACACUAUGACUUCACAGAUAGUCUUCCGCAGCGUCAUUGACAUCAUUAACAAAUACGCUUUUGUUGCAUCUGAAUACCCUUUGAUUUUAUGUGCGGAAAACCACUGUUCUAUAAAGCAGCAGAAGGUAAUGAUCCAGCACGUGAAAAAGAUCUUGGGAGACAAAUUGUACACAAAGCCCCCAAAUAUUGAUGACCAUUAUCUACCAUCCCCAGAAGUCCUAAAGCACAAAAUUUUGUUAAAGGCAAAGAAGCUGUCAGCAGAUUGCACAGGGCUGGAGGGUGAUGUGACUGAUGAGGAUGAAGGUGCGGAAAUGUCCCAGAGGAUGGGAGGUGAGAAUACAGACCAGCAGAAUGUAGUUCCAAAUAAAAGAUUUCAGCUUUGCAAAGAACUCUCUGACAUGGUGGCACUUUGCAAGUCGGUGAUGUUUAAGGACUUCAAUGAAUCAUUUCAAAAUCAGAAAUUUUGGGAAUUCUGCUCAUUCAAUGAAGUAAUUGCUAGUAGACAUGCCAAUGAAUAUCCUGAAGACUUUGUGAAUUACAAUAAACGCUUCCUUGCCAGAAUAUAUCCGAGUCCAAUGAGGAUAGAUUCAAGCAACAUGAAUCCUCAGGACUUUUGGAAGUGUGGCUGCCAGGUAGUGGCAAUGAAUUUCCAGACACCUGGUUUAAUGAUGGAUCUUAAUAUUGGCUGGUUCCGUCAGAAUGGAAACUGUGGAUAUGUGCUUCGUCCUGCAAUCAUGAGAGAGGAGGUGUCUUACUUCAGUGCCAACACAAAGGAUUCUGUGCCAGGCGUUUCACCUCAACUGCUCCACAUCAAAAUCAUUAGUGGCCAAAGUUUCCCCAAACCCAAAGGCUCAGGUUCGAAAGGUGAUGUUGUGGAUCCUUAUGUGUAUGUAGAGAUCCACGGGAUACCUGCAGAUUGUGCAGAGCAAAGAACUAAAACCGUUAACCAGAACGGAGAGAACCCCAUCUUUGACGAAAGUUUUGAAUUCCAGAUUAAUCUUCCUGAACUGGCAAUGGUCCGAUUUGUGGUUUUGGAUGAUGACUACAUUGGGGACGAGUUUAUCGGCCAGUAUACUAUUCCAUUUGAAUGCUUGCAACCAGGAUACAGGCAUGUACCACUGCAGUCGCUGACGGGGGACGUUCUACCAUGUGCGUCGCUCUUUGUGCACGUAGCAAUCACUAACCGAAGAGGUGGAGGGAAACCUCACAAACGUGGUCUUUCUGUGCGGAAAGCUAAAAGGUCGAGAGAGUAUGCUAACAUGAGAACAAUCUUGAUUAAGACUGUAGAUGAAGUCUUCAAGCCUGCUAACCAGCAACUGAGGGAAGCGACUGAUCUUCGAGAAAACAUGCAGAAUGCAAUAGUUUCAUUCAAGGAAUUGUGUGGCCUGUCCCCGGUUUCUAAUCUACUACAAUGCAUUAUGGCCCUGUCCACCCUGCUGAGCAAUGAUCAUGUUCCUAUCGUAGUAUUGAAUCUAAAAGCUGAUUAUCCAGCAAUGGAGCCCCAAGGAGUGAUCCCAGAAGUUCUGAGGAAGGUAGUGACUGCAUAUGAUGUGAUGAUUCAAACCACCAAAGCUCUGCUAGAAAAUGGUGAUGGAGUGUGUGAAAAAGUAGUGCAGUGUCAAAAAGCAGCUAUGGAAUUCCAUGAAAACCUGCACAAUAUUGGAACCAAAGAAGGUCUUAAAGGAAGAAAACUUCAUAAAGCUGUCGAGAGUUUUACUUGGAACAUUACGAUACUUAAGGGACAAGCUGAUCUGCUGAAACAUGCCAAGAACGAGGCUCUGGACAACCUAAAGCAGAUCCAUUAUGCUGCUGUGUCAUAUGGCCUGAACAAGCCAGGCACCGGGAAUGUCGAAUCGUCAAAGCCGAGACGGAGCCUGGAAGCAAUACCUGAAAAAGAAAGUGUGGUUAUCGAAGCUGGAGAUGCUGCCCCACACCAGAAUACAACUGAAAAAUCCAUCAAUGCAGCUAAAUGAACAUAACCACAAAAGGCAUUUAGUUUGCACUUCACAGCCUUCUCGGGUUUGUUUUCUUGGUGAAUCCUAAAGCACAAUUCUGAGGGCUCUGAUUAAUGUGACAAAUGGAGCAAUGAAUGUAACACUUCUCAAAGUGCGAGUAUGCUACCAUCAGUAGAAAUGUACUACUUUUCAUAACAAGUAGUGGACUUGCCAUUAAAUGUUCACCUGCCAAACUAAUAUGUAUAUACAGUGUCACAGAAGAUUAGUUCAGUGUAAUUUUUUUUCUAGUUACAAAUAAUUUCAGUUACAGACUUUCAAUUUCUUCAUAGCGGAAAAUGUACAAUGCUGCCUUUUUACAUUCUUUUUGUAAAUGUAACAAUUAAUUCUCUUAAAAUCCAAAAUUCCCUGUCUGCACAUGAUUUCAAAAUAGUUAUUAUACAGAAGAAUGUGUAAAGUAUAUAAAUACAAUGAAGUGUGUGUUGUAAUGCUACCUUAACAUUGUAAAGCUUGUUGAGCCACAAAUGGAAAAGUAUAUUAUUGAUUGUGGUCACUGAAGCCUCAGUGCACUUUAAAGACAGCCAUUAAUCAAGGGAAAGAUAGAAAAGGUUUACUGUAAAGCCUGCUCUUUGAGAGAUAACUGUUAAUGUCAGAUAACUUUAGAAGUGCUUAUAGCUGGCAUUUAGUGACCAAAUAGGCAGCAGCUUAUAGUAGGUUGUUGCAUACAGUUAUCAUUUUGUGACAUGUAAGUAUCAAAGUCAAAAAUGACAAUUUAAUUUCCACAAAGAAGGAUUUUUUUAUGCCAGUAAACCUGUUAAAAUAUUGAAAUAUGGCAAUGGUUUUUUCAGGGCAAAGCAAAGAUAUAGUUUGCAUAUUAAAGAAAACAGCCAUUUGAAAGUUAUAAAAACCUGUGGCC